AUGGCGCGAUGUUCGGUACUAACACCAGAGCAGAAAUCGGCAAUUGUACGUCAGAGCAACAAUGAGCCGGAAUGGAAUCAGAAUAAAUUAGGGCAAUGGGUAGCAGACACGUUUCAUUUGGACUUUGUACCAUCCCAGCCCACUAUUUCUAUCAUCCUACGGCAGGCAGGGAAAUCCUUGAAAUCGCGAGGACGUAAAAAGAAGAAGCAGACACCUGAUCGUAUUACGAAUAAGGUAGUCAGAUGUCCACAGAUAGAAAAGGCAAUGCUGCAAUGGCUAGAAAAGAAAAUUAAAAAGGAUGAAGCGGUGACUGUGACAGCGGUACAGACGAAAGCCGAGGAACUUGAGCACAAGGUAAAAGUCACAGUGGAAGGUUUUGUCGUCUCGAAGAUGUGGGUGGAUAGUUUCAUGCGGCACCAUGUGCUGAAUUUUCCAUUUGGUUUAUCGGAAUUGGAUGAUAUGGAAAGUAACGAGAAGGUUGAGACGAUACUAUGCGCUCCAGCUGCAAAGAAAGUGGAAAAGACAAUGACGACGAAUCGAGUUGGGAAAGCAGGAAAAACAAGUCGACGGGUGGCGAAAAAAUUGGUGGGAAGGAAGGAUUCUUGCUCUUCGGUGGGAGUGAAAGCGACUUGCGUGCCUGUGAGAAAGAGAAAGCGUGAUGGCAAAGAGAACGAAUCGGCCAGGCAGGUGAAGGGAAGGAAAUAA